UUCGUAUUUUUAGUAUUUUUGUCUGUCAACAACUAUUUUUGUUAUAAUCUUGGAAUAUUAUGAGCGCCCCUACAAUAUUUCCUAUUAAUAUAGAGAAGCUCACGGCCAAGGAGCGUCACAAUUAUAUUCUUAAUCAAUAUGUGUUGCCCACAGCUGCUGAAAAUGAAUCGCGCAACCAUAAACGUGACAUUGAUGUCAUCCGUGAAAACCAUCGUUUCCUUUGGGACGAAGAUGAUGCUGAUAAUGGGUCGCUGAGCUGGGAACAGCGCUUGGCGUUACGCUAUUACCGAAAAUUAUUCAAAGAGUACUGCAUAGCCGAUCUCACGCGCUACAAGGACAAUAAAAUAGCUUUGCGCUGGCGCACCGAACAGGAGGUCGUCACCGGCCUGGGUCAGUUCCAGUGCGGCAGUCGGCACUGCGGCGAGCGUGAGGGCUUACGCAGCUGGGAAGUCAACUUUAAAUAUAUUGAGCAAGGUGUUCCGCAAAAUGCACUAGUCAAGGUACGUCUUUGUCCCGUACAUACAGAGCAGCUAAACUACCGAACGAAGAAAAGGGAGCACAAACGCCAGCGGCGCAGGGAGAAGGACGUGCGAAAAACCGAACGAAAUCAUAAGAAACGCAAACUGGAUAAAAAGGAUCAAGAGAGUGAAGAAGUGGAAGAAGAACAAGAGCCGCAACAUGACGAUGCAGCCACAAGCGGUGAAACUGCAUCGGAGAAACCCGACGAAACUGUGGACGAGGACAUUUGGAGCAAACAACUGGAUCUGAGCAAGGAACAGCCGUCGCGUGAACAGGAAUUCGAACGUUAUUUGGAGGAUCUAUUAUUGUAAAAGUAA